GAUAUUGGACAACAAUAUACGCACACGUUCACAGUUCAAUUUAUUGUUCUAGAAUUUUUUAAUAAUAAAUAUAUAUUUGUUAGACAUUUAAUAAAAAUUAUGGAUAAUUUAAAAAUUCGAGAUGCUUGUGUUGAAGAUUGCAAAGUAAUUCGUCAAUUAAUUCAGGAAUUAGCAGAUUUUCAAAAAAUUCCAAAUGGUCCAAAAAUUGGUGUUAAAGAUUUGGAAAAAGAUGGAUUUGGUGAUCGACCAUUGUUUCAAGCACUUGUUGCUCAACUUGAUGAUAAAAUAAUUGGCUAUACAAUGUAUUACAAUACCUACUCACCCUGGGGAGGAAAAUCAAUGUGUCUUGAGGAUUUAUACGUAUGUCCUGAUUAUCAAAAAAAAGGAAUUGGUAGUCUUCUAUUCGAUUGUGUUGCCAAGAUAGCUGUUGAUACAAAUUGUUAUCAAUUGGAUUUUAUAGUUCUCGAGUGGAAUCCUGCAACAAAUUUCUACAAACACAAAGGAGCUAUUGACUUAACAACAACUGAAAAAUGGCAACAUUAUCGUUUAGAUAAAAAUGCACUUGAAAAACUUGCAAAUAAAAAAAAAUUAUAAAUAUUUUUUUUCAUUAAUUAUAA